AAGGAGUGAAUCAGGACGUCUAUAAGAAUUGCUAGGCAUCUAAAGUGGAAAGGAUGAGCAACUUUCUCUAGAAAUAUGCUAAACAUCUGACACAAACUUUCAUACAGAGGGAGAAAAUAGAAAGUGAGAGGUUGAAAUGGGAAGGAGUCCUUGCUGCUCUAAAGAGGGACUGAAUAGAGGAGCUUGGACAGCCAUCGAAGACAAACUACUCACUGAAUACAUCAAGGCUCACGGUGAAGGCAAAUGGAGAAACAUUCCCAAAGACGCAGGUCUUAAGAGAUGUGGGAAGAGUUGCAGGCUCCGGUGGCUGAAUUAUUUGAGGCCUGAUAUCAAAAGAGGCAAUCUGACUGAAGAUGAAGAAGAUCUCAUCGUCAGACUCCACAGACUCUUAGGAAACAGAUGGUCUCUUAUAGCAGGGAGACUUCCAGGGCGAACAGACAAUGAAAUUAAAAAUUACUGGAACACCAAAUUAUCAAAGAGCGCACGCGCAAAACAAUCAAAUCAUUUCAAAAUUGAGAAGACAUCUGAGGUCAGAACCGUUAACGAGGCCCCUCGCUCAGGUGUUAUCAAGUCCAGGGCAGUGCGAUGCAGCCGUGAUUUCGUCACCUUCCAACCACAUGAUAAAACUGAAAAUCGUGUUUUAGUCGAGCCCCUAUCGAUGGAUGUCCCCGUUAUGCAUGACAUGGCUGCAGAAUCCGAAUCUAAUGAUGGUUCGUUUUCAUUCCUGUCUAGAGAGGAAAAUUCCUCCGAUUAUACGAUAGAUUUUGAUGUUGGGGGUAUAGAUCUCUCAGAAAUUCUUGCUUUCAGUUUCAACAAGCUUAAUGAAUUCGAUGAUAAUGUGAUAGAAGAAGCAACAAUUAACGAUAAGAGCGAGGCCAAAGGCAUAGCAGGUGAAGCAUAUCUAGUAAAAGAGAAAAUGAUAGAGAACUGGAACGAGGACAGUGAUUAUUUUGAAGCAAAGAUGGAAUCAGGUUUCGCAUCUCUGGCUUCUUUUUAUGAAUCAUGUGAGGAAUACUGGUUGUUCUAGUUAUUUUAAUUACUUGGUCUCGGUAUUUAGCCAAGUUGUGUGUAAUAGUAAUACAGUAAUUCCGUGAAUCCGUGUAGACUCAUCAUCAGCAUCAUUUGAUUGCCUGAGUCUAAGAUUUAAUUAUAUAGAUGCAUGCAUCUCAAUCUCAGAGUGGGGGCAGGGCUGAUUAGAAACUGUUAACGUUAUACUUUGUAAGACUGUAUUUGAUAUUUUGGUACUUUUGUGAUUGACUUUACAUCUGGAGGAGUUUUCUUUU